AGAACAGACGCGGUAGCCCUGGAGUUGCAACUGACACGAACACACACUCACAUUCACACUCACACUCGCGCUGGCACGCACCUCCCCCCUCACCCCCAGCCUUUGCUUUUAUGAGUUAACCACGCUUUCCAGAAGUUGCUGCUCAAGUUUGCAAAUUCCUCUCGGUGGCCAGCAGCUCUAUCCAGACCCUCAGUUUCCUCCUCCCCCUCCAUCUCUUCAUUCCCUUCUUUUGGCCAAAUAAAACCGGAUCUGGGCCAGGAGAAAGGAGGAGGAGUAGCUAGAGGAGGGGGAGGGAAGCCGGAGACGGAGGGGUUGAGAGGUGAGGGGGGAGUGGUGGUUACGCGCACCAUUCAUGGACUCUGGCUGGGACUGGUGGUCAUUGCUCCGCGGCUCCUAGUCCGGCGGGCAGUUGCUCAAGGGCGCUGGGGCUGGGAGGCCAGCCCUCGCUGCCGCUGCGCCUCCCGAGCGCCAUGGAGAACGCGGAGCUCCGAGGCAGCCGGCAGGAGCGAUUCCCAGACAAAGAUCCCCGGCUCAACCCCUUGUUCGCGGAUCCGGGGCAGCCACAACCGGCUCUGAUGAUGGUCCUGGAGCCCAGGGGGACGGACGGGCACAGAAUGGUGGAAGUGUUGUUGACUGGAGGGGCUCCCUGGGGAUUCACCUUGAAAGGAGGGAAAGAACACGGAGAGCCUCUCAUCAUUACGAAGAUUGAAGAAGGAAGUAAAGCCGCAGCUGUUGACAAGUUACUGGCUGGAGAUGAAAUUGUGGGCAUCAAUGAUAUAGGCCUGUCAGGAUUUAGACAGGAGGCCAUCUGCUUAGUGAAGGGCUCACAUAAGACCUUAAAGCUUGUAGUAAAAAGGAGGAAUGAUGUAGGCUGUAGACCUCAUUCUUGGCAUGCCACCAAAUUCACAGAGAGCCAUCCUGAGACUGUUUCCUCUCAGUCCAAUGUCUGCACUUCUUGGCACACUCGGUACCAUGCAAGCUCUUCAUCCCAUGACCUGUCAAGUUCCUGGGAUCAGACCAAUCUGCAUCGCACUUCUGACCAGUUCAGUUCCCUGGGGAGCAUGGACAGCUUGGACCACCCUUCCCAGCCGUACUCCUACGGACGUCUCUCUGCCGCCAAGUCCAACAGCAGCAUCGACCACCUCGGCCAUCCAAGCAAGCGCGAUUCUGCCUAUGGCUCAUUUUCUACCACCUCUAGCACCCCUGACCACACUUUGUCUAAGGCCGAUGCCUCUUCUACAGAAAACAUGCUGUAUAAGGUAGGGCUGUGGGACUCUGCAAAGUCAGGCACUAGCAAGCAAAGCCUGCCCUUUGGCGACAAUACUCAGAGCCUCGAAGAGAGACUGGGAUGUUUGCCGUCCGCGCUGCAGUAUGAGAGCCGCAGAAGCCCGCGGCUGGAAGAGAUUCCUGAUCCCAAGCUGGCCGCUUCGGGAAGGUCCAGUUUUGGGCCCGUGUGGUACGUGCCCGAUAAGAAGAAACCAUCUUCCUCCCCACCGCCUCCUCCGCCGCCGCUCCGCAGCGACAGCUUUGCUGCUACCAAGAGCCACGAGAAGUCGCAGAGUCCCGCGUACGCCGAGACGGCCGGCAGCCAGCACUUUACCGUCCUCGGCCGAGCCCCGGCGAGGAGCGACUGGAGGCCAGACCCUCCCGAGCAGCAUCGAAGGGCGGUCCGGGGGAGCGAGGGGAAGAGGAGCACCAACGCUCCCUACAGAGCUGACCUCAGCUUCGAUUACGGUUGGCCGUCCUCGGAUGGCAGGUCCAGCCACAGUACUAACAGGCUGCAGUCUUCUCUGUCCAGCACAGACGUUCGUUUUGCACAGUCUGCUCCCAGUUACCACCACCAGCGCCAGUACAGCGAUGAAAGCACUUUUUUUCAGGGUUCCAGGGCAUCCGGCUCAUCGAAGGAGCCCAGACAUUACGGAGGCCCCCCAGAGCUACCCGCUGACCCCCCUCAGACCUACAGUCCUGCCCAGGGGAGGCUACUGAAUGCCCCUCCUUCCGCUAAUAGCGGUGCUGACCCGAAGAUGGAGGGCUCCGCACAGCCUCGUUACUACUGCGUGACAAAGAAACAGCCAGCUCAGGGAAGCAACCAGCCGCAGCUCCUCAAAGACGACUAUUGGAAGUCUGGGGCUGGGCCUGACGGGGCUUCUGGGCCGCCUGAGAAUCUCGCCCUCCACACGACGGCUCCGAAGCCCAAAAGCCAUCUACCUCACUGUGAAGAGCCUUCGGUAGAUUUCAGCGACAGGAACAGUUGUCACCCAAUGGAGAGAGGGGGGGAUGGCUGGUCCGCUGGGGAGGAGGAGCCACAAAAAUCCAGCCAUGUGGAGAAAACCAAUCAGAAGAGAGUUACAGAAGACUUUAAGUGGGGUGAAGAAGAAAGCAGUAAAAUCUCCCCACUGAAGACCCCCAUGCUGCAUUCCUUAGCCCAGGAAGGGAAAAGCAGGUCUGCACACAGCCAAGAGGCGAGUGUAGACAAGCCAGCACCGUUCGACGCCCAGGUCGGCAAGCCAACGCGAAGGAGCGACCGGUUUGCGACCACCCUGCGGAAUGAGAUUCAGAUGAGACGAGCGAAACUUCAGAAAAGCAGAAGCACGGCUACCUUGACCGGGGCCAACGAAGAAGAAGAAGACGCUGACGGCUGGAAAGCAGAGGCGGGAGAGAAUUUCAGCGCCUCGACCGCAGAAGGCUCUUUCAACAAUACCUACAAGGACCACUUAAAAGAAGCCCAAGCCAGAGUUCUGCGAGCCACGUCUUUUAAACGGAGAGACUUGGGGCCCAGCUCUGCUGACCAUUACUCCAAGUCAUCGCCAGAACGCAAGGCUAAUGGAUACAGCUCUUCCUUCUUGUUGGCGCUGGAUUCUGACAGUGCCUCCCAGUUCUUUGACGUAAGCCAGACCAAGACAUCCACAUCUGGGAAUGGCGUGCAGCAUGUGUCCCGGAUCGGGGGCAGGAAGAGAUUCACGGCAGAACAAAAGCUGAAGUCCUACUCUGAGCCAGAGAAGAUAAAUGAGGUGGGGAUUUCGGGAGACUACCAUCAUCCCUGCCACUAUCCCAGCACCUCGGGGGAAGCCAUGGGCUCUUUUGCCGAUCGGUGCAAGUUUUUUGAGGAAACGAGCAAGCCCUCCCAUCGUAGACCCGCCCAGCGACAAGCCAUUUAUGGCUUACCAAAAGAGCAGCCUGAUAGGCCAGGUAGAAAGUCUCACGGGCAUGGUGGAGAACCGUGGUACCAAAAAAGGACACGGACGUCUUCUUUUGGAGAGACCUUGGACUACCCGAGCGGGAAAGCGGAGAAGGUGGGGAAAUCUGAACAACCUCAGAGACUGGGAACCUUUGCAGAGUAUCAAGCUUCGUGGAAAGAGCAAAGAAAGCCUUUGGAGGCCAGGAGUUCUGGGAGAUACCAUUCAGCUGAUGAUAUCCUGGAUGCGAGUCUUGAGCAGCAUGAGAAACCCCAGUACAUACAUGAAAGGUCCAGGUCAUCACCGUCUACUGAACAUUAUAAACAGGAACCCUCUGCUGGAGUGAGAAGGCAAACUGAUGAUUCUGGAGAAGAUAGGAAUUAUAUUCGCUCUCAAAUCAGUCCUGAUGAGGGGCAUUUCACUCUGAGCUUCUUUUCUAAGCUCACUGUGUCUCUUCAGCCUCCUCUAAGCAAAGGGCGAACGUGCGUUCUUUCAGGGGCUCAGAGGCAAACAGAUACAGAACACCCGGGCGAAAGUCCAGGGAAACAAGUCGAUCCUUCGGAUCCAAAUCGACCCAGCAAGUUAAGGCCCUUUGAGCCAUGUCAGCCUAGAGAGCCGCUAGCUUUGCCCCAGGAGAGCCGGGGACGGUCUGGAACGCUGCCGAGCGAUUAUAGGUAUUCGGAAGAAAACGAGAAAGAAGGAGCCCAAGUUCCGGACGCGCCCCAGGAGGCUCCAGCCCAGAGCGACGGCGUCCUCCCCUGCCCGCAGGCCAGAGAAGAAGACUCGCGGUGGAAGCGACGGGGACCGGCGCCCCAAAGGCCACCCCCGCCCAAGCGGGACGCCAGCAGGCACAGGCGCCAGGACGGCCCUCCGGACGCUGCUGCCCAUCCUCCGGCCCUUGCUCAGAGUCCCUGCGCCUUGGGCGAGCAGCCCGGUGGUCCUCCGCCGCAGGACUCGGGGCCGCCUGCGUCCUCGGAGGGUGACUGCCAGCCCUUAAAUGAAGACGCUGCUCCUCCUCCUAAGUACCGCCUUCUCCCGCAGUCCGGCAUGGAAUCGUCCCGCUCGCCUUCGCCCCAGUUUGCCCCCCAGAAACUGACCGACAAGCCUCCGUUGCUGGUGCAGGACGAGAACUCGGCAAGAAUUGAGAAGGUCAUCGAUAAUAAUACUACGGUGAAGAUGGUCCCCAUCAAAAUCGUCCACUCUGAAAGCCACGCCGAGAAAGAGAGUCGGCAGAACCUCGUGAGCACCAUGGAGCCCCCUGCUCUGCCCAGUGGCUUGGAAAAAGACCAAAUCAAGACACUCAGCACCUCUGAGCAGUCCUACUCGCGCUUCUGCGCCUACACCAGGCAGGGUGUGGAGCCUGAGGCCGAGAAUAAAACCAGAGCAGCUGACUCAGAAGCAGCCGAAGCCUUGGGGUACAACUUGAAAGACGGUGAGGAGUCCAGCCCUGCUGUCAGCUACGUGAAGGCCAAAGAGAAGACGUUGGAAGACUUGAAGUCGGAGGAGCUCGCCAGGGAGAUUGUCGGCAAGGAUAAGUCUUUGGCAGACAUUCUAGAUCCCAAUGUGAAAAUUAAAACCACCAUGGACCUGAUGGAGGGCAUUUUCCCUAAAGACGAGCAUCUCUUAGAAGAGGCUCAGCAACGCCGGAAGCUGCUUCCAAAGGUUCCUUCUCCUAAAAUCACAGAGGAAAAGAAAGAAGAACAGAGCAUGCCAUCUGCUAUCUCCCUGACAACCAAUUCUACGUACUACAGUACAUCUGCACCCAAGGCUGAGCUUCUGAUUAAAAUGAAGGACAUGCAGGAACAGCAGCAGCAGCAACAGCAGAUUGCAGAGGAUUCUGAAGAUGAACUCGACCAUGACCUGUCGGAGAAGAAGCAAGAGCUCAUUGAUAGCAUCAGCCGGAAGCUGAAGGUGCUCCGGGAAGCCAGAGAGACCCUAUUGGAGGAUAUUCAAAACAACAAUGCUCUUGGGGAUGAGGUGGAAGCCAUCGUGAAAGAUGUCUGCAAACCAAAUGAAUUUGACAAAUUCAGGAUGUUCAUUGGAGAUCUUGACAAAGUGGUGAACCUCCUUUUGUCCCUGUCUGGAAGAUUAGCCCGGGUAGAAAAUGCCCUGAAUAAUUUGGAUGAAAAUACAUCACCUGAGGAACAGCGAACGCUCCUGGAAAAGCAAAAGCUGCUCACGCGCCAGCACGAGGACGCGAAAGAGCUCAAGGAGAACCUGGACCGCCGCGAGCGCAUCGUCUUUGACAUUCUGGCCAGCUACCUGAGCGGGGAAAGCCUGGCAGACUACGAGCACUUUGUGAAGAUGAAGUCGGCCCUCAUCAUCGAGCAACGGGAACUAGAAGAUAAAAUCAAGCUGGGCGAGGAGCAGCUGAAGUGUUUGACUGAGAGCCUCCCGCCCGAGCGGGCCAAGUAAACGGAGGCUCGCCCUGGCGGAGGCAGGGACAGGUGUUUUCGAGCCCACUUUCUGAGGGUGCAAAGUGGGGGGGCGGGGGGGUGGGGGGGACUCCGCGUAUAUUUAUGCCCUGAGGAAAGAACCCUUAAAAGAAAAAUAGCACAAUUGCUAUUUUACCGGAGCAAUAACUUCCUUGUGUGUUUUGUUUGGAUGGCGUAUUUAAACUGUUUAGUUCCUCCUCAGUGCUGAGCUUAGGGCUCAUCUCAUCCUCCCGUCUUUAGCAAUGACUGCCAGUGAAACUAGACAAUUAAGCUUCAAACUCGGGGUAUUGUGUAGUCUGUUCCAGUAGUGCAUGCAGAUAGUCUUUUAAUGAAAUAGCUACUGUUUCUCCUGUCUACAGAUGCUGUAUGGAUUGUUGGUGAAGCCAGUGUAAAUGAGGAUGUGGACAGUGUGCAGCUUACUGAGGAAAUGAGACCUCAGAGGUGGACAGACUCUGGUGCAGAUCUCGCAGUAACUCCUGCAGGGAGCUGGGCUGCAUUUUCCUAUCUGUUCCAUCUCAUCGCACCCUAUGAGCAUUAAUUUAUCAGAUUCCAUAGCGAUGUUAUCUGGUCCUAGCAGAUGAUAAUAUUUAUUAACCCUUUGGGAAGGCGAGUGGUCAAGACCCGGUUGUGAAAUUUGGCUCAGGCACCCCAGACUGAAGCACCACUUACAGAAAUGGUGUGCGUGCUUCUUUUUUCCUGUUUUUCUUUGCCUCAACUCCAAUGAUGUUUCCUCGCUGACCAGGUCCAUUAUUGUUGAAACUGUCCCUAGCAGGAGCCUGGCCAUUAGGAUCAAGGACGGCUGUUUCGCCAGAGCAUCUUAAUAUGAUCUAGAUUUCCUUUCCCCCCAACCCCACUCAUUUUGUGUGCCCAUAAUCGCAAAAAGAAUGACACUCAACACUGCUUACCUCCUCCGACGUCCUUAAGGGUGUCACCAAAGCUUCUUGGACACAUUUCAUUCCAUAACUCGUCUCACCCUACUUUUAGCGACCACCCGAAAUGUGUGCUUGCUCUGUGGAAUCCUUUCCUAACCAUUUUCUACAAGUUCGUAUCCUUUUUUUAUUCCCCAUGAACCAAAAUUCCAACCUAAGAAAAGGCUGUUUUCCUGGGUUUUCAGUAGCCUGGUUAUUUUCACAGAAGAGAAUUGUGAAGUGAUGGCUUCCACAGAAAUCAUUUUCUAAUUCAGGGCACGAGGAAACCUUGGAAAGCCUCCUACAGCUUCAUAUUUUAGGUCGUGGUAGGACUACGGUUAAGGGACCAUUUUAGUGCUUUUUUAAUUGUUCUCUUUCUACAGGAUGGUUUCCAAAUGAGGUGGGCCAGCCUUCCUUUCAGUAUCCACCGUAGGAGCCCCCACACAGGUACUUCUAAAGAACAGCGAGAAAACACACUAAGCUGAAAAAGAAAUCAGUUCAUAACCGCAGUGCAGCUCUUAACGUUUAUACUUCUGGAAGUCUUGUCAAUUUUGACACAUUGGGAGAUUCCCACCACCCCGGCUGCAGAGGAAAAUAUACACAGAAACGCUUACAAGAUGACCUACUUGCAUACAUGUGGGCAGGCAUUCUGCAUCAUUGGAAGAACCUUCCAAAUCAAUGAAUUCAUACCGCCAUGAAUAUGUGUAUGCACACAUCGAUAAGCCACUCUUUCUACCCCAACGUAGAUUGUUGGGCUUGUUUCCAAACUUUUUAUUCCUAUUAAGUUAAACUAUCUCCCCCUGACGCCCCUCUCCAGUUGGAAAGCCUCUCUACUUCUAAUGAGGUAGUCUCCCUUCUGCCCAGAAGUCAUUUGCUGCUAUAACGCAUCAUGUCAAGGCGGAUGAUAUUCUUUGUCCUUGAUUCCCACCUCUUUCAUUGUAGCUAAGCUAACUUAAGGAAUCUUUAAAAUUUAGACAAAGAUAGGACAUUUUCCCUUUUAUCGGUAAUCUCCCAUCCCUUGCCUGCUCCUGCUCCCCCUUAAAGGAAAUUCAGUGUACUGAGCAUGUUGCUGAUUUUGUUACAAAAAAAAAGAUCUAUGAUUAUGCCCGCCAGAGUACUCCCUUCGGUGAUGCAGAGUACGGUAUAGUUAUUGUGGUUGUCCUGAUGACAAGUGUAUGCGUAAUGUGAAUAAUAUCAUUUGUGUCUAUAUCUCCUGUUUUGAUUUAGGCGUCUCUCUCACAUAGCAGUACAGUUGGGCAGAAGCAGCGUCUUGUUCAUCCCUGCCCCGAUCCAUCCCCUCUUGUACCUCUUCUGAAAUGUUUGGUUCGGAGGGACCCAAAGAUGCUUGUGUCUCCCUGUACAUACGUUUGUAAAUAACUAUCUAUUGCUUACGAGAAAUCUGGUGCUAAUGUUUUGCCUCUGGCAUUUCUGGGGUGAUGGCUAAUUCUUCACCCGACGUGAUAGCUCCAUUGUAGACUUCAUUGUAUAGUGAGAUUUCCGUCCCGGUGACUGACUGCAGCUUGGAUUCUGCCGUCGUCGGUGGAAAAAUGUGUACAGAUUUCACGCUCGACACUUAACACUUACCUAUUGGCAAAUUACACUGCUUGACUUAAAGGAAAUAAAGUGUCUAUUUCGAUGUA